CCUCUACUUUCCAGCGAGAAGUCUCCCGGGAGUAUCAAACUACCACGUCUGCAGCGGGGAGAGAGGGGAAGAGGAGAAAGAGAUCAAAAUAAGCCGAAAGGAAGAUAGGGAAAAGAGGACAGCGAAGAGUUGAGACUGCUGCAUGAAAACAAAGUCGGCUGCAACAUCUGGAGCGAAGCGCAAAGUCAAUUUGGACAAAAAUUACGCACCGCCUGCAGCUCCAGAGCCUCCCGUUCAGACUUCCUGCUCCAGUAAAGUCCGAUAAUUUGGUCAAAAGUCACUAAAAACCCGGAAAGAAUGCACAGACUGGACAAGUAUCAGCUGUGGUUACAGUAACAGUAAUCAGUUGCAGAGAACGCGUGGAAACUCUUUGUCUUGUGCGCCAAGUUGAUCUCCCUUGUGCCCGGAAAUUUGUUUAUGGGAUAAGGUUUUUUUUUCCACAGAUAAUGUUUUGACAAACACUGUGAAGGCUACGUUAACUUUCACAAGGAGAUCUGUCCGAUUUUUAAAACUGUUUUGGGGGGAAGUGAAGAUAUGGCACCAAGGCUGAAAUCGGUUGUCCGACUGCUGCUGCUGGCGCUGGUGUGGGAGCUGAGCGCACAGGGUGCAACGGAGCGACAAAUAAACCCAGAGUCAUGGCUGCAGCAGUAUGGUUACCUGCCCCCCGGGGACAUGAGGACCCACUCCCUCCGUUCCCCUCACUCCAUUUCUUCAGCCAUCGCCGCCAUGCAGAGGUUUUAUGGCCUCACCGUCACUGGCUCCUUUGACCCCACUACCAUUGAGGCCAUGAAGCGACCCCGCUGCGGCGUUCCUGAUAAGUUUGGUGCUGAGCUGAAGAGCAACCUGAGGAGAAAGCGAUAUGCCAUUCAGGGCCUGAAGUGGAACAAGAACGAAAUCACAUUCUCAAUACAGAACUACACUCCUAAAGUGGGUGAGUAUGAGACCCAAGAGGCCAUCAGGAGAGCCUUCAAGGUCUGGGAGAGUGUCACCCCACUCCGGUUCCGGGAAAUCCCCUACAAUUACAUCCGGGACAAAGUGGAGGAGUUCGCUGACAUCAUGAUCUUCUUCGCUGAGGGUUUCCACGGUGAUAGCAGCCCAUUCGAUGGCGAGGGGGGUUUCUUGGCCCAUGCCUAUUUCCCUGGAAACGGCAUCGGUGGAGAUACUCACUUCGACGCAGCAGAGCCGUGGACUAUUGGAAACCGCGACUUGCUAGGAAAUGAUAUAUUCCUGGUUGCGGUGCAUGAACUGGGCCAUGCUCUGGGUCUGGAGCACUCCAAUGACCCGUCUGCCAUCAUGGCCCCCUUCUAUCAGUGGAUGGACACAGAGAACUUCCAACUUCCUGAUGACGACCGCAGAGGCAUCCAGCAACUUUACGGUUCUGGAUCUGGCCCUCAGCCCCCUCCCGUAACACCCCAUACCCCGUACCACACCCCCCAACCCCCCUACUCACCAGACAAGCCUCGCUUUGGCCCCAACAUUUGCGAGGGCCACUUUGACACAAUCGCUAUCCUGAGAGGAGAAAUGUUUAUAUUCAAGGAUAAAUGGUUCUGGAGAGUGCGUAACAAUCAUGUGUUGGACGGAUACCCAAUGCCGAUCGGUCACUUCUGGAGGGGUUUGCCCACGCACAUCAACGCUGCUUUUGAGAGGGAGGAUGGGAAAUUUGCCUUCUUUAAAGGGGACAGAUACUGGGUGUUUAGUGAAUCCAUCUUGGACUCUGGUUACCCUCGAAGUCUGAAGGAAAUGGGCACCGGGCUUCCCAAAGACCGAAUAGAUGCUGCUCUCUACUACACUCCAACAGGACAGACAUUCUACUUCAGAGCAAACAAGUAUUAUCGAUUUAAUGAAGAGUCACGAACGGUUGACGAUGGCUAUCCGAAGUCUGUUAGUGUGUGGCAGGGAGUGCCCGACAACAUUAAGGCAGCCUUCAUGAGCAAAGAUCAAGCGUACACCUACUUCUACAAAGCCAACAAGUACUGGAAGUUCAACAACCAGGUGAUGCGCGUGGAGCCAGGAUACCCCAAGUCGGCCCUCCGUGACUGGAUGGGCUGUCCCAACGAAGACCCCAAGACGGACGGAGGACGAGGUGGAGGCGGACACGACAAGGACAAGGAGAAGGAGAAGGACAAGGAGCGAGAGGAUAAGGACAGAACCAGGGACAGGGAAAGGGAAAGGGAGAGGGAGAGGGAGAGAGAAAGGGAGCGGGAGAGGGAGAAGGAGACUGGGAAGGAGGAGGACACGGAGGUGAUCAUCAUUGAGGUGGAUGAGGAGGGAGGGUCAAGUGGAGGUGGAGCGGCGGCUGUGGUCGUACCGCUUUUCCUGUUAGUUUGCGUGAUUGCGACGCUGGCUGCCUUGGUGUUUUUCCGUCGGUAUGGUACCCCACGCCGACUCCUUUACUGCCAACGAUCUUUACUGGACAAAGUGUAGACGGAAGAGAAUAGGAGGGACGAGGAGAGAAGAAGAAGAAAGAUGGAGGGAAAGCAAAAAAAUUAGAAGAGUAUCAAAAGGGAUAAAACAAGAGAAAGAGCAGCGAGAGGAGAGUGCUAGACUUGCAUUUUAAAAUAUUUUUUACCACUGCCAGAUUCCUUCUGCUCUAUCGCUUGUUUUUUUUCCCUCUCCCUUCUCUCUGCUUCUUUCCUUGUGGUUACUGACGCCAGCUCAUUGCUGUUUGUUUUAGCCUUUUUCAAUGUCUUAUUUUUAGUUUUUGUCAGUGGUCAGUGUUUGUGUCCUUGUGAAUUUCCGCUUGAAACCUGCAUCUUCACGACGCCCAUUCUAGCAUGUUCCUUCGUGUAAGCACACAGCGUGUUCGAUCGCUCCUCUUUUCCCCAGUCGUCAGCUUAUCGCGUAAAGUCACACAAACCACAGUGAUGUUUUCACCGUGUUUCUUAAUUUUCCAGCAAAGCGACAUAUCAGAGCCAGUAAGAACAAUGAAAGGGAAACCAAAAACUUAUCCCACGUCUUAAUGAAGCAUGAGAUACAUUAGCAAUAAAUACAGCUGUGUCUUUUUCCUUUUUUAUAUCCCUGUCUUUAGUGGUGAUUAUUAUUAUAAAUGAUGUUGUCAUUAUUAUUAUGACUAUUACUAUUAUUAUUGUUGUCCUCCGUGUAAAGAAUGUGUUUUUGUACAUUGUCAUUAAAACGUCCUGCUGGACAGUGACAUACAGUUUUGAAAGUGGCCUUAAUUUUAUAUGUGGGGACAGUGAAUGGGAAGGGGGUUAUGUAUUCUUGAAACUUGAUUGUUUUUUUAAAUCUUGAAUCCAUCUCAAAUGAAAAUAAAUCUAAAGAUCUGAAAAUGA